UAAAUAUAUACAAACAAAGAGAAAUCUUACAUUCAUUUAUUUUUUGAAAAAAAUGGAAAAAGUUGGUAAAAAAUUAGCAGUUCUAGUUGGUUGCAACUACGAAAAUACACCUUACAGAUUACAUGGAUGUCACAACGAUGUUUUAGCCAUGAGAGAUGUGCUAGUGAAUCGAUUCGGGUUCGAUUCACAGCACAUUGAAUUGCUCAUGGAUAAAUCAGGCAGUCCUAUUAUGCCUACUGGAAUUAAUAUCAAGAAAGCACUUAAUAAAAUGGUUGAUGAAGCUGAACAAGGAGAUAUUUUGUAUUUUCAUUUUAGUGGGCAUGGAACAUUGACUGGAAAAAAGAAUCAAGAAGAAGCAAUAAUUUCACUUGAUUUCAAUUAUAUUACUAAUGUGGAUAUUCGAAAAAUAGUGAAUCGAGUACCACAAGGAGCAACAUUCACUAUCCUUUCAGAUUCUUGCCAUAGUGGAGGCCUAAUUGACAAAGAAAAAGAGCAAAUUGGACCAUCUCACCACAAACCAAAAAAUCAAGAAUUCGAAAAAAACAGCAAUAACUACGUCUCAGUCCCAAACAAGUCAGAGUCAGCAUCAAAAUGUUAUUAUUCCAAGUCUAAAUUCAUCCCUCAUGAAACAAUCUUGGAACAUCUAACAUCCUUAACAAACAUAAACAGCUCAAAUAUUGGAACACACAUGUUACAACUCUUUGGAAAUGAUGCUAGUGUUAUGUUUUCUUUGCCUCAAUUGGAGUUAGAUUUAUUGAAGCCACUUAAACAAGAUGAGGGUAUUUUGUUAAGUGGAUGUCAAGCUAAUGAAGAAUGUCAAGAUGUUGGAGGAAUUGAAAAUGAAAAUCAAGCUUAUGGGGCAUUUAGUCAUGCAAUUUUACUUGUGUUGGAGAAAAAUUGUGGCCCUAUUAGUUAUAAAGAGUUGGUGAUGAAGUCUAGGUACGUUUUGGAAAAUGAUGAACAUAUUAAGACUCAACAUCCUUGUCUCUAUUGUAGUGAUGAGAAUGCUCAAGCACUUUUUUUGAGCCAAGGUUGAGGUCAAAUGUCAUUGUAAUGUAAUUGAUGUAUAAUAAUGAUUUUAUGAUGGAAUAAAAAGAAUUUAAGUUUUAUG